AACCCGGACCAUAAAGUUUCCAAUUUCGGACGCUUUGCAAUUUUUGAAAAUAGACCAAUCUAAUAAUAGCGAAUUAUUUAUUACAACUUCGUACGAUUUUUGUGAAACAUCAAAAGAAGCUAAUCCAAUUGAGGAAUCUUUAGCAAACAUACCUUUAAGUGACAAAAUAUCAAUUAAGUUUGACAGAAAUAAUGCGAAACUUGAAAUAAAGAUACAUAAAGAGUCUGACAUGAGCCAAUUGGGAUAUUUAUCAAAAUUGCCCAAUUUAAGUCGCUUGGUUAUAAAUAAUAAACAUAAUUAUUUAAAAGAUUCCAAUCCACUUGCAGAAUUCCUCCAAUCAAUGGUCCAAAAAGGCUCAUUUGCUUGGAAAUCUAUCAUAAUAAAUUAUAUAUCAUUGGAUAGAUUGGAGGUCUCAGAACUUGCAAAAAUAGAAUCCAUUCGAGUUCUGGCGUGCCAUUUGUUUGAAUGGUAUUCGAUCAAGUUUUUCAGUCAAUUAAGAAACCUGCAACACCUUAUUAUUUAUGUACACGAAACCAUUAAUUCGCAUACAUCAGAGCAAGUCCUCAACCUGCUAAGUGAAAGUCAGGUGCAAGUUACAAUUGCUUCCAAAGAUUUUACCUUGAGAAGGAAUGGAAAAAAGGUGAAGAUUUAUACGGAACAAAAGUUUAGAAAGAGCACAAGGUAUCAAAUUAAUGAAAAACUAAAUUUACUUUUCCAAGCAUUCGCCACCAAUUUAAGUACGAUCGAAGAAUUAAUAUUUUGUGAAAUUGAUAAUAUAGAAUUUUCAGAUAUCUCAAAAGUGUCAGAAAUUCAAACCAUUAAGAAACUGUCGUGCAAGCUAUCAGAAUUAUCUGGAAUUGAGAAAUUGGCUGAACUAAAUAAUCUCCAGGUCUUGGAGUUAACCGGAAAUGGAAGCCUUACCGCUCUCUUCACAAAGCUGGCUGAAAGGAAUAUAAUUCAACGAUUUCAAUAUUCCGGAGAACUCGUUCCCGAAGAGGUUAUACAGGUUUCCCGAAUAAAGUCCCUAGAAACACUGAAGUGUGGCUUUUCGGACAAUGAUGAUUUUCAAUCCUUGUCCGAGCUAGCUAACUCGAGUAUUGAAGAAUUAAUUGUAAUAGUAAAAAAUCCAAACCAAUCACUACAAACAUUUUUUGCAGCAUUUUCCUCAAGUAGUGCCACUAGGUUGCAGCACCUGGACAUUUUUCGCGAUCCACGGAAUCCAUUGGAUCCUUCCAAAACAAUUAACAUUUCGGAAAUGACUGAAAUUAUUGAAAUAAACAGCCUGAAAAGUUUACGUGCGGGAUUCCACAAUUUAGAAUGUGCGCAAAUGUUAGACCGAUUACCCAAUCUUCAGCACUUGGUAAUCGAUCAGGUUAAUAAUAAUGAAGUUAACCCUUUGGAAAGUGUAUUUAGGGUUUUGGUACACAAAUCGCCGUCAACUCUUCAAAAAUUGGACUUACUCAAUAACUCAAUUGGAUUAAAUGAAUGUAAAUAUUUGGCCCAACAUGAAACAUUGGAGUCAUUAAAAUGCGUAUUGUACGAAAUUCCGGGUAUAGAAGUUUUGGCAAACAUAAAAAAUCUAAAGGAAUUGAUCAUCUAUGCAGCAGUGGACUCGCUCAGUGAACUUUACCGUGCAUUUGCUCUUAGAAGUGACUCAAAUUUACAAGAACUGCAGACACCAAUUACAUGUAAUGAUGAAAUCCACGAAAUUUCGCAAAUUAAGUCAUUAAAAAAAGUAAAUAUUACGGGCAACCAAUGGUGCAAUAACCUAUCAGACCUCGGAAAACUAACUGAUCUUGAAUCAUUACGUAUAGUUGACGAUGGUCAAAUCGAUGUAAAUACAGAUAGCCUGUUGCCGAUUUUUGAAUAUUGUCAAAAGCUCAAUUACGUCACGUGGGAAUUCUGCUGUGUGGAGGAGGAUGAGGUUUAUAUCCCUGUUAUCAAACUUUACUCAAUUUUGAAAGCUGUACGGAAUCCUUCUCUGCAAAAACCGUUAAAACUUACUAUAUUUGAAAAAUACAAUGUCCCGAAAUUCCAUGUAGAAGACAUUGAUGAAGCAUACUUGAACGUCUCCUAUAAAUACUCUUUGGUCAAGCAUAGUCAAGAUGUAUAUCUCGGGUUUGAUUACUAAACGCAUGGAAUACCGAAGCGAGGUAUACAAAUAUUUGGAUGUAAAUCUAUUAUUAUAACAAUUUCAUACCAAAUAUAUUUUCGGAAGACCUAAUCGCUCUUGAUUAUCAUACAUUAGGAUUCUGUAAUCAUAAUCGAUAAAAAAAACUUAAAACAUAAUAAAAUGUAAGUGUGGAAACCCCAACUCCUCUCAACCAGGAAACGAGACACCGACUCAGCGGAUCGCCUCUGGAAGCAGCGGCA